UAUUCAACUGCUUUCAGCACUGAAAACAUCUAACGUUCCAAAUUAUUACUUCCAAGGCCUCUUCUAAAUUUCUAAUUUUAAAUUUUUCUUACUUUUCUUGAGUUUUGGAAACAAAUUUAUCUAAACAAAAUGUUUAAGCAAUCCGCUCUUGUUUUUGGACGAUGCGCUCAGGACUGCCUUCGUACCCGAGUCAUGCGUCCCCGCUUCUUGGUUCGUUCUCACCAUUUGGCCAAUUUCAAGAAUGCAGGCAUCCAAGACCAACGCCUUGGACGCCGCAAUGAUUCUCCCAAGAAACUGGAGGAUGGCUCCGUCGGUGUUAUCCAUGUCCAGGGACAAGAGUCUGCCACCCUCGCCAAUCCUAUGCAACGCAGAUUCCUGAACGAUCUGGAGCUUCAGCAGAACCGUUGGUUAAAGGAGGAAAAGAAGAACCAGGACGAUGUCGGCAGCCUGACCAAGCAGAUUACCAUGUCCGCCGGUGGCGGAGAUAAGUGCAAAGGCGGCAAGGACGCCGAUAAAAAGAAGAAAGAAGAAGCUGAAAAGAAAAAGUGUGCAGAAAUGGAACAAAAGAAGAAGUGCGCGGAAGCGGCCAAAAAGGCAGAAGAAGAGAAGAAAAAGGCAGAAGCCGACAAGAAAAAGAAGGAACAGGAACAGGCUAAGAAGUGCAAGGAAAUGGCUGAGAAGGAGAAAUGCAACAAGAUGGCCGCAGAUGCAAAAAAGAAAGAAGCUGAAAAGAAGAAGAAAGAACAGGCUAAGAAGUGCAAAGAGAUGGCCGAGAAGGAGAAAUGCAAAAAGCUGGCUGAGGCUGAGAAAUGCAAAAAGGGAGGUGAUAAGUCCAAGAAGUAGAUGACCCUUUUCAGCGGAAUAUAAAAUUAUAUAUCAUCCAAAAUUUAUAAUGAAUUGAAUUUCGGACA